AUGCACCACCAGCGGGUGCUGAUCAAUAUCUCGGGGCUGCGCUUCGAGACCCAGCUGGGCACCCUCAACCAGUUCCCCGACACGCUGCUGGGGGAUCCGGAUAAGCGCAUGCGCUACUUUGACCCGCUCCGCAACGAGUACUUCUUCGACCGCAACCGGCCCAGCUUCGACGGGAUCCUCUACUUCUACCAGUCAGGGGGCAAACUCCGCCGGCCCGUGAACGUCUCCAUCGACGUCUUUGCCGAUGAGAUCCGCUUCUACCAGCUGGGUGAGGAGGCCAUGGAGCGCUUCAGGGAGGACGAGGGCUUCAUCAAAGAGGAGGAGAAGCCCCUGCCCCACAAUGAGUUCCAGCGCCAGGUCUGGCUUAUCUUUGAGUACCCUGAGAGCAGCAGCUCGGCCCGGGCCAUCGCCAUCGUCUCUGUGCUGGUCAUCCUCAUCUCCAUCAUCACCUUCUGCCUGGAGACCCUGCCAGAAUUCAGGGAUGAGAGAGAGAUGCCUGUGCCCCUGCCCCCACAAAGUGGAGGUUUGAAUGGCACUACUGGGGAUACCCCACACAUGCAGCAACCCAGUAGCCUCUCUGACCCCUUCUUCAUCAUUGAGACCACUUGUGUGAUCUGGUUCACCUUUGAGCUCCUCGUUCGCUUCUUUGCCUGCCCCAGCAAGCCUGAGUUCUCCCGCAACAUCAUGAACAUCAUCGACAUUGUGGCCAUCAUCCCCUACUUCAUCACCCUGGGCACCGAGUUGGCCCAUGAGCAGCAGCAGCCCGGGGCUGGCGGUAGCAAUGGGGGCGGGGGCCAGCAGCAGGCCAUGUCCCUGGCCAUCCUCAGAGUUAUUCGCCUGGUCAGGGUCUUCAGGAUCUUCAAGCUCUCCAGGCACUCCAAGGGUCUGCAGAUCUUGGGACAGACUUUGAAAGCCAGCAUGAGGGAGCUUGGCCUCCUCAUCUUCUUCCUAUUUAUUGGGGUGAUCCUUUUCUCCAGUGCUGUCUACUUUGCUGAGGCCGAUGACCCUGAGUCUCAUUUCUCUAGCAUCCCUGAUGCUUUCUGGUGGGCAGUGGUAACCAUGACCACUGUGGGCUAUGGAGACAUGCGACCUGUCACUGUUGGGGGCAAGAUCGUGGGUUCCUUGUGUGCCAUUGCAGGUGUGCUCACCAUCGCCCUACCUGUCCCUGUCAUUGUCUCCAAUUUCAAUUACUUCUAUCACCGAGAGACUGAUCAUGAAGAGCAAGCUAUCCUCAAAGAUGAACACAGUAGUGCUCAGGGUAGUACAGCAGGGGGAGAUGCAAAGAGAAGACCAAGUAGAAACUCUCUGAACAAAUCUGUUGUGCACUUGGAAAACAGUGAGGGGUUCAACAAUGGCACCAGCUCCUUAGAGAAAACCAAUAUCAAAGCAAAAAGUAACGUAGAUCUCAGAAAAUCCCUCUAUGCUCUCUGUCUGGACACCAAUAGGGAAACAGACCUGUAA